AUUGACGUUUAGGUUAUAACGUGUGUUGUGCUUGCUGUAGUUGUACCUGAAGUUUUAAAAAUUUUGAAUUUUUCAUAAAAUAUUGUAAAAGAAAUAUCAAAAACAUACGCUCACAACAAAACGUUCCAGAAAUAGUUGUAGACCAUUGUUUUAUAUGGUUUAGUUAUUAAAACAAUGUUUCUUUAAACAGUCUGGUGUUUUGUCUUGUAAGGAUAAUAAUUUUACAAAAAUUAAAAUGUCUUCAGAUUCUGAGAGUUGUAAUAUGGUGAAACAAAGGCCUAUUUUACGUAUUUGGGAAGGUGAUUUUGGAGUACCCACAAUAGAUCCUGAUUCUUUGAGAAUUUGGACAUAUCUUAAGAUAAACAAAAUAGAGUUUGAUGUUGAAGUAUGUAGUUUUCCAUUUUUGAAACCCAUUCCCAGUCUUAUUGUGGGUAGUAAAAUCUUUAAUGGUAUUAAAACUAUAUGGGAUAAAUUGCAGAGAAUGAAAUCUUCAAAUACUGACAAAAAAUAUAGUGUAAUGGAGCAAAGUCGGAUUAUGGCAUAUGUGUCUUAUGUUUUUGAAUGUUUAGAGACUGCUACUAACAUUAAUCUUUGGGUUAAUGAACGUAACUAUAUAAAUUUUACCAGAACCUGGUACAGAACUGCCAUUUAUUUUCCUUUCAACUAUAUCCACAUAAAGAAAAUUAAGGAUAGAGUAGAUAAACACAUAGCAUUUUUAGCUAGAGAUGUUUCUAUUGAAGAAUUUUCUAAACUUGAAUAUGAGAAAGCCCAAAAAUGUAUGUCUGACUUGUCUGUAUUACUAGGUGAUAAGACAUACUUUAUGGGGACUUAUCCUACAACCUUGGAUGCAUAUGUGUUUGGAUAUUUGUGUUUACUUUUAAAUGCACCUUUUCCUGACAAUACACUUCAGAAUAUACUUAAAGGCUUUCCUAAUUUGGUGCAAUAUGUGCACUAUGUAUCUAGAACUUAUUUUCCUGAUGUUAAAGAGGAAAACAAAUACAUUAAGAAAAAAACACCUACCGAAAAUGAGGAAGAAGUUCCUACAAAAAUGGUUGUAGUAGCGGGUAUUUUUGCAUUUACUGCAAUGUUUGCAUAUGCCACAAUGAUUGGCCAAUUUAAGAUUCAGAAAUGAUUAGAACAUGGAGACCCUAGUUAAAAUUGUUUUUUUAGUUUGUUUUUUUUUGUUAUUUUACGAAAGUGAUAAUGUUAAUGAUGUUAUUACUUGUUUGAAGUAAUAUGGAAUAUGUUUUUGUUAAAUUAAAUUCAUUCCCUGGUGUCAUACUAUCAUCACACAUUUCAUUAA